CCGAGGUCAUGGUGGAGAAGUGAAGAUGUCCUUGUUUGAGAGCCCAUGACAGAAACAACACUCGUAACUUGACAGUGGCGUCCUUCAUAGAUACGCGAGGGCACUUGCAUUCGACGACUUGGCACCAAGUACGGGUUUUCUAUCUUUUUACCAGGGUUAUUCUUUUCGUUUCACCCAGCAUCCCCUCCGUAACACACUGACAGGGGGGCUUUGAAAGCUUGGGCGUGUUCGUCAAUUGCUCAAUCUGGUGUCGGGGCAGUCAGGCCGUAGGUUCAUGUCAAGAACCCUGUUCCUCCCACGAAGCUCUGCUAGAGGUGUAGUAGGGCUCUCGGUAUAUUUGCCUGCUUGUCGCGCGGUCGGAGUCAGAACAGGCUCUGCUCACAUCUUUCGUUACCCCCGGUUGUUCUGCAGAACCGUCGUGAUGGUCGGCGGCGGCGGCACGGCAGAGGAGAAGAAGCCGAAAGGUGAGAGUGUGCCGCAUUUGGAGAGGACGGCCGGAGAGCCUAGGGAGAAGUCCCUAAUCCCCGUCGUGAUACAAAGAGUCGAUCGCGUCAACGACCAGAUCCGUCUCUUCCGUCUGGGUUUACCGGCGUCCGCGCAACCCGUCAAGUUCCUCCCAGGCCAGUGGUUGGACGUAUACUGCCCGGGCAUCGCGAAGGCGGGCGGCUUCACGCUGACCUCGUCCCCCUCAACGGCUCUGCCUCGAAACGCCCCGGCGACCACGGGCCAUGGGAGCAGCGCAGAAAGUAACAGCACCGACAACGGGAUAGGCCGGGGAUAUCUCGAGCUCGCUGUCCAGAGGUCCCCGGACAACCCGCCCGCAGCGUGGUUAUGGCAGGAUCAGGAUGCGCCUGACCAUGUCACGAGUGGAGGCGAGCAUCGCAGCAGCAGCACUGACUCGGACACUUCGUCCGCAGUCAUUGGGAGAGAGCUGCAGGUCCGGAUCGGCGGAAGCUUCACCUGGCCGCCACCUCCUACCGUCGAUGUCGCGAGUCUUCGCAAGGUUGUCUUUGUCGCGGGUGGUGUGGGCGUGAACCCACUGAUGAGCAUGCUGAGCUACCUCGCCGAGGGACCCUCUGGUGUAGACGGGGUAAGGAAUCAUCAGUUCGAGGUCGAGUUCUUGUACUCGGUCAAGGACCCGGCGGGAGGUGGUGUUUCUGGAAGUAAGAAGGCGAUGGGGGAACAGCGGCGGGGAGAGGAAGUUCUCUUUCUGGACCGUAUCGCACGGGUGUUUGAAGAGGGUCAUGUCAAGGGGCGUCUCAGACUAUUCUUGACGGGUCUAGCGACCGGCGAUGGCACGAACGGCGAGGUUGUUUGUGCAGAUGCAGGGAUCAAGAUACCUUUUGAGAAGAGGAGGAUCACUGUUGACGAUGUAGCAUCCGUUAUUCAGAGCACAGACGGGCCAUCAGCAGCGAAGGAUGCCGCCGUGGUGUACAUCUGUGGUGUGCCGAGCAUGACGGAUGAGUUUGUAAGGCAGCUCACAGACCCUGAAGGGGUCGGAAUGGCGAGGGACAGAGUGCUCUGUGAGAAGUGGUGGUGAUUUUCUCACAAGGUCUCGGUCCCCUCUCCAGAAUGGACGCGGUACUGCACUUGGUAUGAAUGAUGAUGUAGGGGUGAAAGCGUGCUGAGGUGUUGAAGCCAAACUCACAACUCUCACAACUUGCAACCAUUCACUGGUUUGGUCACUGUCAAACACAGUCUCGCCGUCACACACACACACACUCUCUCUGCAAUAAUUCUCCGUCUUCUGUCGUUGUUACGAAAGCUCGCAAAAGCUCUGCUACUCGCACACAAAGACUGUACGUAUGCAAACUCAAUUGCAC